CAGGCCCACCGGCUUAGCAGCUUGGUGUGCUAAAAAUGUUCUGGUCAGGCGCUGGAUUAGCGGGCCACAGGUGCUUGGCCAGCACCCGAAAGGCCCUGUAAAUUCACAACCCAACAAAAACAGCCAGGGGAUCUUCCAGGCUUUGAGCACCGCUGUGGACCACCGGCUAGGCGCUGAGAUGGACCUUUAGCCGAGGUGGAGAGGGGGCGUGCGGUUUAGAAAGCUGAGGGCCGGGAUUUUAUUCUUGGGGCGGGCCUGUCUUCGAUGCAUCUGAUCAACUCAUUCUUUACUAUUGUUUUCUAGUUUUGCUGUAUUUUUUGUUGUUUGGCAGAAUCACAGAACAACAUGGCUUUGCUGUGGCGGCAAUUGAAGGCGGUGCAGGUGUUUGGUGCCAACACUGACGUGGGCAAAACCAUCUUCACCACUUUGCUCUGUCAAACAGCUAAGCAGCAUUGGCGCGAUGACAACGUGACAUUUGUGAAGCCGGUGUCGACAGGAAGCGAUGUGGAAGCUGAUGAAGCCCAUAUUCAACGCUUCACAUCUGGCGUCAACUAUAAAACCCUCGUUCAGUACGACAUUCCAGUGAGCCCUCAUCUCGCAGCUCAAGUAUCAAACAAGCCCAUCAUCUCCGACAAAGCUCUGAUCGAGAGCUGUCGCCAAUUCGCAACCCAAUGCAGUGCUGCAGGCAACGGAUGGCUGUUUGUUGAAACAGCAGGCGGUGUUCAUUCACCUGCGCCAUCAUCAACUACACAAGCAGACCUCUACAUCCCUCUAAGAAUCCCAGUCAUUCUCAUUGGCGACUCUCGCCUCGGUGGCAUCUCGCAGACAAUCUCGGCAUUUGAGUCGCUACAUCUGCGAGGAUACGAUGUCCAAUCGGUGCUUCUGUUCCAGGAAGAUCGCUACCAAAACUACCAGUACCUCACGGAGUAUUUUGCGGAUAAGUUCAAUGUGCCAGUGAAGAGCAUCCUCCCACCUCCAGAAAAGGAUUCAGAUGAUGCACGCGACCGACAGGCUCUCCACAGCUACUACCAACAGCAUGUGGACAAACAAUCGGUGCAGCCAAUUCUUGUCCGUGCCGAUGAACAGCACAAGGAGCAUAUCAAGCGCUUAGAGGAAAUGUCCACAAAGGCGUACGAGAAGAUCUGGUAUCCUUUUACUCAACACAAAUUGCUCUCACCAGAACGAAUUACAACUAUUGACUCAGCUCAAGGUGACUACUUCCAAACGGUCAACAAGAAGAAUCCCAACCAAGUCCUCCAAGCAUCAUUCGACGGAUCGUCUUCUUGGUGGACUCAGGGUCUCGGUCAUGCUAACCCGCAACUGACAUUGGCCGCUGCCAACGCUGCUGGACGAUAUGGCCAUGUCAUGUUUGCUGAGACCAUUCACCAACCUGCCAUGGCUCUGGCAGAGCUUCUUCUCGAGGGCUCCAAGAACCCCCGAUUUUCUAGAGUAUUCUAUUCCGACAAUGGAAGCACAGGUAUCGAAGUCGCUUUGAAGAUGGGCCUCCGCGCCGCUAAGAAGCGUUAUGGCUGGACCCAGCAGCAGAAGCUUGGCAUCAUUGGCCUCAAAGGGUCGUACCACGGCGACACCAUUGGCGCCAUGGAUGCUGCUGAGCCUUGUGACUACAACGAGUCUGUGGAGUGGUAUGAAGGAAAGGGCUUCUGGUUCAACUAUCCAACAGUGCUCUGCCGAAACGGUAGCUGGGGUGUCCAAGUGCCCGAAGAUUUGGAGUCAUUGCUUGGCCAAGGCAAGGAGUUUGCUUCUCUUGACCAUAUCUUUGACUUUGAAGCUAGAGAGAAGCGUGGCGAGCAUGUUUCAUACGAAAAGUACAUCCAGUCAGAGUUGGAAAGGCUACAGCAGCAGGGACGACGAUUUGGCGCUUUAAUCUUGGAGCCCAUUGUCCUUGGGGCGGGCGGUAUGGCCUUGGUUGAUCCUCUGUUCCAGCGUACCCUUGUAAACGUGGUCCGAAACUCGUCUCAUCUCUUUGACAACGGUAACCCCUACACGCCCACAAAGAACACUGAAUGGACUGGUUUGCCAGUAAUCUUUGAUGAAGUGUUUACUGGACUCUACCGCCUGGGUCGUUUCACAUCUGCCUCUUUCCUCGGAGUCAACCCGGAUGUUUCAGUUCAUGCCAAGCUAUUGACUGGUGGAUUGGUUCCUCUGUGCACAACCUUGGCUUCUGAGAACAUCUUUGAGGCAUUCUCUAGUGAUACGAAGGCAGACGCGCUCCUUCAUGGCCACAGCUACACAGCGUACCCAAUUGGUUGCCAGGUUGGAUUGGCGUCAGUCACCGAAAUGCAAAAGAUGGAGGCCAAAGGAGAGUGGAACUGGGCCAAGCAACAGGGCUGGAGCGAGGAUGCUGUAUCCGCAACAAAGCAAGGUCAUGUUUGGUCUAACUGGCCCAGGGAUCUGGUAGUGGAUCUCUCAAAGAACACUGAGCGAGUAGCUGGCGCCUGGGCGCUCGGAAGCGUGCUCGCAGUGCACCUGAAAGACGAAUCUGGAACAGGAUAUAGCAGCAAUGCUGCCGUCAGCCUAAGGGAGGCGCUUGGAGAAACGGUGUCUGAUGAGCUGGAAGGCGCCUUCAACAUUCAUUGUAGAGUCCUGGGCAAUGUCAUCUACUUUAUGACUUCCAUUAAGACCGAUGAGCCUGGAGUACAAAAGCUAGCUACGCUGCUAAGAAAAGCACUAAAUUGCUAGAUGAAAUAAAAAUAAAAUACUGUUAUUGUCAAACGUC